AUGGUCUCAACUCACAACUUCACAUGUCAGGUAGUCAUCCCCAAUGGCGGUCAAGCUUUGCACGACGUCGUAUCACGGUGGUCCGACACCUACAUAGACCUUCCAGCAAUAGUGGUGAAGCCUGACUCUGAGGCUGACAUCGUUGACGCCAUCAAAUAUGCAAAGGACAACAGUCUUACGCUUGUGACUGCAAAUGGUAGUCAUGCCCCUUUCGUGCCCGUCACCUCCAACACUUUAUAUCUUGAUAUGACAAAUUUCAAUGGAGUCACAGUUGACCAGUCCGCGGACACGGUCCGGAUCGGUGGCGGUGCCUCGACCGGCGAAGUUAUCAAGGGUACAACAGCUCAAGGCUACUAUACCCUAUGGCCUAACUCGGAUGCUGUGGGAUAUGUCGGGUGUCUCCUUGGUGGCGGGUCAGACACGAUGAACGGCUUGCACGGCUUCAUGAUUGAUGCUGUAGAGUCGAUGCAGUUGAUCACAACAGACGGCGUCAGGCUCGAGAUCAGCCCGUCUUCCGAGGGCAACGAACGAACGCUAUUCAACGCUUUGUGCGGCGCCGGGUUCGGACUUGCCGUCAUUACGUCGGUGGUCAUGAAGGCCUUCCGCAUCUCACGCCUUCGCUUGACGGACAACAGCAUCUGGACCCGCAGAGUCGUACUCCCAGCUUCUGCAAUCCUCAUGGCUAGUCGCACUUUUGUGAGCAUGCAACAACUCCCACAACCUCUGAGCGUCAGUAUGAUCUGCCUCAGAUCUCCGCCCAACGCACAGACUCCUGGAGCUCCUCUGAUUAUGAUCACCGGCUCGUAUUUCGGGCCUAGUGAAGAGGGUGAAGAAGUAGCGUCAGCUCUUUUUGCCGACGAUCUCAUCAGCCAGGCUCUGAGCGCAAGAACAGAUCUCGUCCCCUUUGCUGACGCUAACUUGGCAUUAAAGCCGCUAAGUGCACACGGCGAUUACAAGAGCUUCUCGAGCACCUUGUUGGACACUAUCGACGUCGAAACCAUUGUGACAGGCUUUCAUAGAUGGCUCCGACUGGGUGAGCAAUACGAAGAUGCUCGUCCUACGUCGUUGGUAUUCAAUAAGUGGGACACAAAGGUGACCAGCGACCACGGUCAAACAGAUGUCGGUCGUGGAAAGUUCUUUGAACAUCGCAAUCAAGGCAUGCUGGCCAAUGCCAUGUGUUGGUGCGCUUCCGAGGAGACCAGGGGGCCAAUAGAGCAGUUCGGAGACGAGUUCUUGAAGAUUAUGAGGCGCAAUUCAUCUGGCCAAGUGCGGUGCAUUGCGAAUAAUCUGCGGCCUGGGAUGGACCUCGGGGAGCUGUACAGCGGACAGAAGCUUGAAGAGCUAAGAAAGCUCAAGGUCUUCUGGGAUCCUUACAGGAUUUUGUGGAGCCCGUGGUGA